CUCACAGUAUUUGUUGGAUGCUCACAAGCGACAACUCAUGCCAUCGAACUCUCAUAAUCUCACCUCUCCAAGCCACCUAGUAACUAGAUAAUUCAGUUUAAAUUACACCUAAAGAAUUAGCUAGCUAGCAACUUAAUUCACUAGAAUCCUAACAAAUGACAACUCAUAGCAUCAAAUACUAUUUAACCUCAUCUCUCUUAUUGCUAUAUAAAAGUAACCUCCAAUGCAAUGGUAAGACUACAUUUCUACGACGACCAAUCGAUCGGCAACGUGCAUAGGUAACCAGCAGCGAUGGCGCCUCCACGCCGGCCGAGCUUGGGGCGGCAGAAAAUCGAGAUCCGGCGCAUUGAGAGCGAUGAGGCACGUCAGGUGUGCUUCUCCAAACGCCGCGCAGGGCUUUUCAAGAAGGCCAGCGAGCUCUCCAUCCUCUGCAGCGCCGACGUCGCCGCCAUCGUCUUCUCCCCCGCCGGCAAGGCCUUCUCCUUCGGCCACCCCUCCGUCGAGUCCAUCCUCGACCGCUUCCUCGACAGCUCGCCCGUGGCGGGGCCUGGCCUCUCCUCCGCGGGCGACCGUGCUGUCUCCGAGCUGAACCGCCAGUACGGCGAGCUGCGCGCGCAGCUGGACGCCGAGAAGGCGCGGCAGGAGCGCGCAGACGAGACCAUCCGUAAGGAGCGCGCUGCGAGUAGCCAGGCGAUGGUGUGGGUCGACGCGGACCUGAGCGCCAUGGGCCACGACGACCUGAUCGCGUUCUGGGGCGCGCUGAUAGGCGUGCAGGCCGCGGUGGCGGCGAGCGCGGACCAGCUGCUGCGUGACGCGCUGCUGGUCGGGCGCAGGGGGCGGCAGCCGGCCCAGCUCACCGGAGGCGCGGCCUUCGACGUUGUUGCGUUCGGCGUUCGCAUGCAGCCGCCUCCGGGGUUCGCCGGAGUCGACCUGCAGGGAUUCGGAGGACAGGCUACAAUCCUCGCCCCCUCCUUCUGAAGUGGUGGAAUGCAUUUGGUCUCUAGUUAUUGGAUUCGUCGUCGUGUUUGUGUUAGUUGUAUGGUUCUUCUAUUAUGAAUAUCGUGAUGUAUUGUUCUUGCCUUGCUGUGUAGCACAUUCAUGCUAUGUAAUGUGACACUUAGGCAGGGGCGUGAUUUUGAUGUUAUCCCAUAUGCAAAUGCUAAAUCAGGGAUGUGAUUAAGGAGUAAGGUACAAAUUUUGUAACAUAAGGAGUAGCUUAUUAUUUCUACUCCUAUUAGGACAUAUUCAAUUGACUGUAUUAAUGAGAGGUUCAUCACUA